AUGGCCUUUAAGUUGUGGGAGCGCUUUUCACAGGCGGACAAUGUGUUUCAGGCCCUGCGACCGCUAACAUUUAUUUCGCUCUUGGGACUGGCUCCAUUUAAAUUGAAUCUGAAUCCCCGAAAGGAGGUGCAAACAUCCAAGUUCUCCUUUAUCGCCGGUAUUGUGCACUUUCUGUUCUUCGUCCUGUGUUUUGGUAUCUCUGUGAAGGAAGGUGAUUCCAUCAUUGGUUACUUCUUCCAAACAAAUAUCACCCGAUUGGGCGAUGGAACACUGCGUUUGACAGGCAUUCUGGCCAUGUCCACCAUUUUUGGCUUUGCCAUGUUCAAACGACAGAGAUUGGUCAGCAUCAUCCAGAAUAACAUCGUGGUGGACGAGAUAUUUGUGCGACUGGGCAUGAAGUUGGACUACCGAAGGAUCCUGCUGUCCAGUUUCCUGAUAUCCUUCGGCAUGCUGCUCUUCAACGUCAUCUACUUGUGUGUGAGCUAUAGCCUCUUGGUGAGCGCCACCAUAUCGCCCUCGUUUGUGACUUUCACGACCUUCGCCCUGCCGCACAUCAACAUCAGCCUGAUGGUCUUCAAGUUUCUUUGCACCACGGACUUGGCAAGGAGUCGGUUUAGCAUGUUGAACGAAAUCCUCCAGGAUAUUCUAGAUGCCCAUAUAGAGCAAAAUAGCGCCUUGGAACUAUCCCCAAUGCACUCGAUUGACAACCACAGGCGCUACUCCCAUCGCCUGCGAAACUUAAUCAGCACACCGAUGAAGCGGUACAGUGUUACCUCCGUCAUACGCCUCAAUCCGGAAUAUGCGAUCAAACAGGUGUCGAACAUCCACAAUCUCCUUUGCGAUAUUUGCCAGACCAUCGAGGAGUACUUCACGUAUCCCCUUCUUGGAAUCAUCGCCAUAUCCUUCCUGUUCAUUCUCUUUGAUGACUUUUACAUUUUGGAGGCCAUUCUGAAUCCCAAACGAUUGGAUGUUUUUGAGGCUGACGAAUUCUUCGCCUUUUUCCUGAUGCAGCUUAUUUGGUACAUAGUGAUUAUCGUACUGAUCGUGGAGGGCAGCAGCCGCACUAUUUUGCACAGUAGUUAUACGGCCGCUAUAGUUCACAAGAUCCUGAAUAUCACCGAUGAUCCCGAGCUUAGAGAUCGACUUUUUCGACUCUCAUUACAACUGUCGCAUAGGAAAGUUCUUUUCACAGCCGCAGGACUUUUUCGCCUGGAUCGCACACUGAUAUUUACUAUUUCAGGCGCUGCUACUUGCUACCUCAUUAUCCUCAUCCAGUUUCGAUUUACGCACCACAUGGAUGAUACCAGCUCCAAUUCAACAAAUCAACCUCAUUCUAUUCAUCUUGGCGAUUGA